AUGUGGUCCGGAAGUGCCAAAAACCCGUACAGCCAGCAGGUGUAUGAGAGCGGGGAGCCGUGCUGGCAGGGGGGAUCCCGAAGCACCACUGUCACGCUGACAUGCGGAACGGAGACAGGCUUGCGAACGGCGAAGGAGCCCAGCAAAUGCCAGUACAUCAUGGACUUGCAGACUCCCGUGGCCUGCCAGCCCGUGCUCAAGCAGCGGGGGGUGCACAGUGAACUCUGA